CACGACUCUACUCCCGAAGCUCAGGUAGCGCCCCUGAGUUAUUUGGACAGCCUGCUUUCUAAGAUACCCAAAACAAAAUAGCCGUUGUACCAGUUCCGCCUUAUUAAUCGUUGACUCCUAUCUAUUUCAACUCCCUUAGUCGUAAAGAUGGUCGCCAACGAGAAGCCCGCGUCUACCUUUAGGUACAACGAUAAGCCCGUGUACACUACUUCCAAUGGCUUCCCUAUCGAGAAUCCCUCUAAGUGGCAGCGAGUUGGCACUCAUGGUCCCCUCCUACUUCAAGACUUCCACUUGAUUGAUCUACUCGCCCACUUUGACCGCGAGCGUAUCCCUGAGCGUGUCGUCCACGCCAAGGGUGCCGGCGCCUACGGUGAAUUCGAAGUCACCGACGACAUUAGCGAUAUCAGCUCUAUUGAUAUGCUGACUGGUGUUGGUAAAAAGACACCAGCCGUCGUUCGAUUCUCUACCGUCGGUGGCGAAAAGGGGUCGGCCGACAGCGCCAGAGAUCCUCGAGGAUUUGCCCUCAAGUUCUACACUCAGGAGGGCAACUGGGACUGGGUCUACAACAACACACCCGUCUUCUUCCUCCGAGAUCCCACCAACUUCCCACUCUUCAUCCACACUCAGAAGCGUAACCCUCAGACCAACCUGAAGGAUGCUACUAUGUUCUGGGACUACUUGUCUACCCACCAAGAAUGCGUCCACCAAGUUAUGCACCUAUUCUCUGAUAGGGGCACGCCUUACUCAUACCGGUUUAUGAACGGCUACUCUGGCCACACCCACAAAUGGACCAAGCCCGACGGAUCUUUUGUCUAUGUCCAAGUACAUCUGAAGACUGACCAAGGAAGCAAGACCCUCACCAACGCGGAGGCCGGCAAGUUGGCUUCUGACAACCCCGACUUCUCAACCCAGGACCUGUUUGAGUCUAUCCAAAAGGGCGACUUCCCGAGCUGGACCGUCUAUGUACAGGUCUUAACACCAGAGCAAGCCGAGAAGUUCAAGUGGAACAUCUUUGACUUGACCAAGGUCUGGCCACAAGCUGAGGUGCCUCUCCGACGGUUCGGCAAGUUGACACUCAACAAGAACGUGGAAAACUACUUCGCCGAGAUUGAGCAAGUCGCUUUCUCUCCGUCGCAUCUCGUCCCUGGUGUCGAGCCCUCGGCAGACCCCGUACUUCAGUCCCGUCUAUUCUCAUACCCCGACACCCACAGGCACAGGCUCGGUGUCAACUACCAGCAAAUCCCUGUAAACGCACCCCUUCAUGCUUUUAACCCCUUCCAGCGUGACGGAGCCAUGUCCGUAAACGGAAACUACGGCGCCAACCCCAACUACCCCAGCAGCUACCGCAACCUGACUUACCAGGCCAUCAAGCCUACGAAUCCCCACGAGAAAUGGUCCGGAGCCGCUGUUAGCGACCUAUUCGACGAGAUCCAGCCCCACGACUACGAGCAAGCCCAUGGCCUCUGGAAGGUCCUUGGCCGGACCCCGGGUCAACAGGAGAACUUCGUCAACAACGUCGCCGUUCACCUAAAGGAUGCGCACAAGGACACGCGGGAGCGAACAUACGACAUGUUCACUAAGGUCAACCCCGAGCUCGGCUCUGCCAUCAAGGCUGAGACUGAGAAGAACGUCAAGCUAUGAACGUGGGAUUUUAUAAUCUAUCAUGGAAUCUAAUGCGAUGAGAAUGAAAAUGUUCUAUACGAGUAACGUAAAAAGACGCGACUUUCUCUACCUAGUGUCGCAGUUGUGUAGUCACUAUAAUUCAAAGGUUGAAUGCCUAUCUAUCAUGUCUUUACCUUCGUAGAGUAUUGUAAUAUGUUUUCGGUCCGUGUGAUAUUCGUAUAUUGAGAAUAGUAAAGUCUGUUAAUAUAUGGCGGUAUUUAU